AAGAGGAGGCACAGCCACCUCUUUGCGUAAAUCAUCCCCUAAGUCUUUUUUUCUUUGACUCUCAUUCUCGCUACCCUUUGCUUCAGCCUUUUCUAAUCCAUUACUGUUAUUUCUGUCUCAACCUACCCAAUGGCAUCCAGUUCAAUGUCAUCUCGCGGCGGAGGGUCUUGGACUGCCGAGCAGAACAAAGCCUUUGAAAGGGCACUGGCUGUGUAUGACAAGGACACCCCCGACCGUUGGUACAAUGUUGCCAGGGCCGUUGGUGGUAAAACUGCAGAAGAAGUGAAGAGGCACUAUGAGGUCCUUGUUGAGGACAUCAAACAUAUUGAGUCUGGUCAUGUGCCCUUCCCAAAAUACAGGACUACUGGAGGAGGUUCCAAUGGAAACAUGAGUGACAGGAUGAAGAAUAUGAAGCUCCACUGAACUGCUGCUCGAAUCAAGCAAAUAAAGAUCAAGACCUGUGUCGUAAACAACUUAUAGUUAUCCAGUAGGAAUAUUACUAAAUAAUGUUUCUAGAAUUACUAAACCAGAAAAUCAGUGAUUCUGUGUUCUCUUAUCUUUCUAUCAAAGAAGAGACAUUGAAUAUCUGAUCUAUGGUUUCCUCUAUAAGAAUUACUCUACUUCACCUAUUGUUAUGAAAAUUUAUAAAUAUUACUUGUGUUGUUGUUUCCAGUA